AUGGCGAAAACAAUCCUUAUUCUCGGUGCUUCCUAUGCUGGCCUGACAGUCGCCCAUAAGCUUCUGAAAACCACUCUACCAGCCAUUCCUGACCUCAAGGUCAUUUUGGUCUCUCCCACCACCCAUUUAUAUUGGAAUAUGGCAUCGAUCACAAUAGCAAUCGUUCCAGGUCAAUUCGAAGAUGACAAGAUGUUCGCGGAGAUUGCGCCUGGUUUUUCCAAGUACCCUGAAGAGUCCUUCGAGUUCGUCUUGGGCACUGCGACAACUAUGGAUCCGAUUGCCAAGUCCGUCACAAUCCAAACCAUCGCAGGUUUCGAGAUGGUUCAAACAUAUGAUACGUUAGUUAUUGCCACUGGUAGUCACACAAUUGGCGAAGUGCCGUGGAAAGGGGCACCGUCGGGAUAUGAAGAAACCAAAAAGCUUCUUCAUGAAUUUCGAGAGAAAGUUGGAAGCGCAGAAUCCAUUGUGGUGGGAGGCGCAGGACCAACGGGAGUGGAAACCGUUGGAGAGUUGGGGUUUGAAUAUGGAAAGACGAAGAGUAUAAUCUUAAUCACCUCUAGUGACGAAAUACUAAAAGGGGUAGUAACUAGCCCCAUUGCCGCCGGGGCACAGAAAGAGCUCGAAAAAAUGGACGUCGAUACCGAACUCUCCAUUUCCAAUGGCGACAACAUACUGUGCGACCUCUAUUUACCAACCAUCGGCAUUAUUCCAAACAGCGCGUACAUACCCAAGAAAUUACUCGAUGGGCAAAACUAUGUAAAAGUCGAUCAACACCUCCGGGUUCACGGAGCCGAAGAUAUCUGGGCCGCGGGUGAUAUAAUCGAUGCACAACCAAGUCAACAUGUCUAUGCCGAUAAACAAGCACUCGCGCUUGCCAAAAACCUAGAUUUGGUGUUACGGUCGAAGAAUCCACUAAUCUACAAGACAGACGGAGCUCCCGUACUUGCCGUAUCUCUCGGCCGAAGUAGAGCUACCGGUCGAUCUGGAAAUUUCAAAUUACCUAGUAUAAUUGUUUGGUUCGUUAAGGGCCGCACUCUCGGUACUCAAAACUUAUUACCGUAUGUGAAUGGUACCAAGUUUUAG